CUAAAGCCUUUAUAUAACAUUGGUCUUUGGGCUUUGCGAGGCCGACCAUUGGGCUGGCCCAUAAAGUCCAAUGCACUCCCUCUUCGUUUUCAUUUCACCACCGAAUCGGAAAAUAAAAACGUUUGGAGCUCAAACUACCACCAACAAUGGCGGCAAUAAGAUCACUAUUCAAAACUCACACCUUCCCGACACGUGCACACAUCCCCCACCAUCUCUUCUCUUCAAUCUCCCUCCCAUCUCUAGAACCCUCAAACGACGCCGAAUUAAUCUCACAAAUCCUACUCACUCACCACAACCCAUUCCAUUCAAUGGAGUCAUCAAUCCAAUUACACGGCAUCACUCUCACGCCGUCACUCCUCCACCAAACCCUACUCCGCCUCCGUCACAAUUCCAAAAUUGCCCUCUCCUUCUUCCACUAUUCCCUUUCUACCCCUGCCCCAACAGUCACCACCGCCACUUACAAUCUCAUCAUCGACAUCCUCGCAAAAGUCCACCAAUUCGACGUCGCAUGGCAACUAAUUAUACAAAUGGACCAAAAUAACCUCAAACCUAAUUCCCAAUCGUUCCUAAUUCUCAUUCGGAGAUUAAUCUCAGCCGGGUUGACCCGUCAGGCUAUUCGGGCAUUUGAUGACAUGGAGUCUUUUGUACCGGAGAUUAUCGAUACUACCCAUUUUUGUUACUUGCUUGACACGUUAUGUAAACAUGGUUAUGUUAAAGUAGCCGUUGAGAUUUUUAACAAGAGAAAAUUUAGGUUUUUACCUAAUGUUAGGGCUUACACUGUUUUAAUUUAUGGGUGGUGUAAAAUUGGGCGGAUUGACAUGGCUGAGAGGUUUAUCAGAGACAUGGAUGAGAAGGGUAUUGAGCCUAAUGUUGUAACUUACAAUGUUUUGUUAGAUGGUAUUUGUAGGAGAGCUAAGCUUCAGCCUGAGAGUAGGUUUGAGAGUACUAUCAUGUUUGCCGAGAAGGUGUUCGAUGAAAUGCGUCAACGAGGGCUUGAGCCCGACGUGACUAGUUUUUCGAUCUUGCUUCAUGUUUAUAGUCGAGCUCAUAAGCCUCAGUUGAGUCUUGAUAAGUUGAAGUUAAUGGAGGAGAUGGGGAUUUGUCCAACGGUUGCUACGUAUACUUCGGUUUUGAAGUGUCUGUGCUCUUGUGGGAGGGUUGAGGAUGCUGAGGAGUUGCUUGAUCGGAUGGUGAAAACUGGGGUUAGCCCGAAUGCGGCGACGUAUAAUUGUUUCUUUAAAGAGUAUCGCGGACGGAAAGACGCGGAAACUGCUUUGAAAUUGUAUAGGAAAAUCCGGGAGGGGAACUUGUGUGAUCUGAGUGUGCAUUCGUAUAAUAUACUACUCGGGAUGUUUAUGAAGUUGAAUCGUUUUGGGAUCGUGAACGAGAUCUGGAGCGAUUUACGCGGAAGUGAUUCGGGUCCGGACUUGGAUUCGUAUACAAUGUUGGUUCAUGGACUGUGCGAAAAGCAGAAAUGGAAGGAGGCUUGUCAGUUAUUUGUGGAGAUGAUUGAGAAGGGUUUGCUUCCUCAGAAGGCUACGUUUGAGAUGCUAUACAAAGGAUUAAUACAGUCUGAUAUGCUGAGAACUUGGAGACGGUUGAAGAAAAAACUUGACGAAGAGUCGUUAGCAUUUGGUUCUGAGUUUCCAAAUUAUCAGCUGAAACCAUAUAGAAGAUGAAACAAUAAGAAAAUGCAAUCAUGUAUAAUCAGUAAUAUGAAAAAAUGAAAUGAAAUUUUGAUCUUGUGAA